AUGGCAGAGACAACUGAUCCUGCAAAGGGUUCUGAUGUACAAUCUUCGUUUUCUACUCAAUCACCAAACAACUUGGAACAGGGCUCUACGCUCUCCGACACUACAAACAACGCUACUACACCAGCAUCUGCACCGCCAAAAUACUCUGCCAUCUCUUCCUCUCGCCAAACAUGCAUCUUGAUUCUAGUUACGCUUGCAGGAUCAAUUGGUCCUCUCUCCGGUACAAUGUACCUCCCCGUGCUACCUCUUCUGGCUCAUGAGUUCGACGUGAGCAGCACGAGCAUCAACGCAAGCGUCUCUGUAUUCAUGAUGACAUUUGCCUUUGCACCGCUCUUCUGGGCUUCUUUCUCCGACUACCGCGGCCGACGACCGAUUUACAUAAUGUCGCUAGCAGUCUUCGUCAUAUCCAACUUGAUACUCGCUGCUAUACCACCAAACUUCCCGGCAUUCAUGGUCCUGCGUUUUGUACACGCCUUCGGCGCCGGCGCUGUCGUCUCCAUGGGUGCUGGCACAGUCGCAGAUAUAACGGAGCCUAAAAAGAGAGGAAGCAAAAUGUCCAUCUUUCUUCUUGGCCCUCAAUGUGGCCCUGUUUUUGGUCCUGUGGUGGGCUCGGCUUUGGGCGGUGGUGUCAAUUGGCGAUGGAUUCCGGGAUUUCUCACUCUGUUCAGCUUCACCAUCUGGCUGUUGAUUAUCUUCCUGCUCCCAGAGACGCUUCGAUUCCGCGUUGGAAACGGCAUGCGAUACCAAAGCACAGGCUGGCUUCUAUGGCCUCCUCGCUUUGCUGCUACGCCGGUGGAUGAAACAGAACGUGGCCCACGUCCGCCGAAACCAACUCUGCUUGGCUACUGGAAACUCUUUUCCUAUCCGCCAAUUGGUAUAGUAUCAGUCAAUACUGCCAUCUUGUACUCAACCUACUUUGCCAUCACGAUUGCUUUACCGUAUGCACUCGAUCAGACAUAUCACUGGUCAUCUACAACUACAGGACUCGGCUUCUUGGCUGUCGGAAUUGCUCUCAUGGUGGGUACACUGGUUGGUGGCCGAGUCAACGAUUGGAACCGUGCGAGGCGAAUCAAGGCUGCACCUGAUGUCCCAUUUCCUCCAGAAAGCAGACUAAAUGAUCAGUUCUGGGGUGUCUUGGUGUGUGUCGCAGGUACUGUCAUGUUUGGAUGGUUUAUCCAAAACUCAGUCCAUGUAGCUGCUGCUAUAGUGGCCACCUUUCUUGCUGGGUUUGGAAUGAGCUGGGUAUUUGUUGCCACCACGGCAUUUCUCGGCGAGUGUGUCCCCUUGCAAGCAGCUGGAGCGUUUGCUCUAGGCAAUAUGCUUCGCAACCCUGCUGCAGCUAUUGCAGCAGUCAUUUACCCGUCGCUGAAAAGCAAUAUGGGAAUAGGCUGGUUCUUUACAGGGUUUGCGAUAUUGGACCUAGUUGUUGUGGGUGGUACUGUUUUGAUUCUGCGCUGUUACGGUCCUUAUUGGCGAAAGAAGAAGGAUGCCGCCAGAGAGUCAGCGAAAUAG